CGUGAAGAGGCGCAUCUUGGUGGCGCUAUACAACUACACGGCGCGCGAAGAGACGGACGUAAGCUUCCAGAAGGGCGACCGAAUGGAGGUGCUGGACGACACGGAGUCCGACUGGUGGCGCGUCGUGCACUCUACAAUGGACUCUCUGCUGGCCUGCAGCGACAGAUGGCCUUUGCGUCCGUGCGCCUGGGCUGUUAUGACACCGUGAAGUUGCUCUAUCAGGGUGUGUUGCACGAGAAUCCUGAGGGUCUGCAAAUCUUCACUCGUGUGCUGGCGGGCCUGACCACGGGCGGCAUGGCUGUGAUGCUGGCACAGCCCACAGAUGUUGUAAAGGUGCGCUUCCAGGCGCAAAAUCGUACCACAGCCUCACCAACCGCCGAGUUAAUAGCAGAAUAUAAUUAGUAAAAAAAAU